UCCCCGCCGAGGCGGGCGGGAGCGGGCGGGGAGCGCUGCCGGCCAUGGGGGUACGGGCAGCGUUACUGGCAGCCGCAGCGAGGCUGGAGGCCGAGCUCGGACGGAGCCGCGGAGCCGGCGGCGGGAUGGGGCAGCAGCGUGGCACGGCCGUGCUGCUCCUCGCUCUGGGGCACCUGGCUGGGCUGCUGGCAUCGGGUACCGCCUGUGCCAACAUUUACCAAGGCUUCUCGGACUGCGUCCUCAAGCUGGGGGAAAACAUGGCCACGUAUGAAGAGAUGGAUGGCAUGGAGCUGCAGGGAUUGCACCGAGUCUGUGGGUACUGGGAUGAAUUUCACACGUGUGCCCUGACAGCACUCUGGGGGUGCCAGAAGGAAGCAGCGGCAGUCUGGGAGAUGCUGAGAAGAGAGUCUCGAAAAAUCAAGUUUCAAGGCAGCUUGUUCGACCUCUGCAGCCCUAGCACGGCCCAAAGCUUUGCCUGGACCCACGUUCCCAACGUUUCCAUCCUCAGUAUCCCCCUCAUCGUGACUUGGCUGAACUUAUAAACUGCAGCUCUGUAUCACAACAAAGGUGGUGGCAGUGUGUGUGAGGUGGCAUCUUUCUGAUGAUUUUUCCAAACCUUUGAGCAACACACUGUGUGGUGCUUGGCGAACACUUGGCUCCGUCCUGCGCCUAUGAGAUGUGGAAGAGCUCAGCAGCAUCUCCUGAGUUUUGCUAUUUCUCUGUAAUUUGGGAUAACACCUGUCCCCUUCUGCCUCAAGGCACAGGCAUGGAUCUGGCUGACUGCAGAAUUUGGGAACUUGUAGGUACAGGGCAGAGGAUUUGGGGAAAAGUGAUAAAUUGGUCGUGAAUGCUGGAUUCUUUUGCAUUCUUCUAUGGCCACUGGAAGGAAGCCUGUUUACUUUGCUGAUUCUUUCCACCAGAUCAGCUCUCCAGAUUUUUGAUUUGGGCACUGAAAACAAGAUGGGCAUUAUUACAACUGAUUAGUGACGUGCAGGGGACUGUGUAUGUCCUGUCAAAGGCAGAAAGGAGACCUUACUGCCCUGUACUGGCCUUUUUUUCUUUGAGGACAUGGCUGAAGAAUAAUCAUAGGUGCAUGACCUCUUCUCUUGCACACACCUGGAUUCCUAAGUAACUCCUGUUUUAUGUGUAAAUCCCUUCUCUACAGAAGGAGAGGGCAAAAAUAUUUGGAGGGAGUGUCAAGCUAGCAUGGCAAAAAGGAUUUAUAGCAACUCUUUUGCUUUAAAGCUUUCUCCAAAGGUACCUGUAAGCAGCUCUGUGGGUGGCAGCGUGUAAUUCCAGAGCAUUAAAGUUUGUUGUAGAGCCUACAGCAUGGUAGAAGUUAUUUGUCCUGCCUCCUGUUCGAUAGCACAGUCUCUUAUUGCCCUCUUUGUGGCUCAAAGUGUUGUUUAGUUUUGCAGCUUCAGUACAAGCAUGAAACUACAUGCACCAGAGAGGUGCUUGCAAGUGAUUUCUGGGUAUGUUAGAAAAAUUCAGCAAUGUUUUUGGGCAGUAUGAUGCAAUUCUGUGUUUUAAGGAUGCUAAUGAAGCUCUGC